ACAGUGCCACGGGCCCAAGAAGUGAGUGCUGCCCCGUCAAUGUCGCUGGGAGCCAAGAAAAGCAAAGCAAACUGCAAACCCAUUGGUUUCUCUCUUUCCUCCUCCGCCCCCUGGCUUCCUCCCCUCCCGACUUCUCCUCCAAAUCGUUGCCUUUUGUUGUUUAUCUAUUUUGCUUGCACUCAGUUCUUGGAAGGAAAGGUGGUUGCAAUGGGAGGUAGCGGAACGCUGAUCUCGGUUUACCCCGAGGAGCUCACCUUCUUGUUUGAGCUGGAGAAGCCGUGCUAUUGCAAUCUCAAGGUGGUGAACAACAGCGAGCACCAUGUCGCAUUCAAGGUCAAAACAACAUCACCGAGGAAGUAUUUUGUCCGGCCGAACGCGAGCAUCGUCCAGCCAUGGGAUUCUUGCACAAUAACGAUUACGCUGCAGGCACAGAAAGAGUUCCCACCAGAUAUGCAAUGCAAGGAUAAGUUCUUGAUUCAGAGCACGAAGGUGCCUGCCAGUACCGACAUGGAUGAGAUCCCCCCUGAUACGUUCAACAAGGAAACUGAUAAGGUAAUUGAGGAAAUGAAGCUCAAGGUUGUUUACACAUUACCUAGUGGAGGUUCAGAUGACUCUAGUGUGUCAUCUCUAGGAAGCCGGAGCUUCAAAGGGGCAUCUGACGAUUUGACGAUGCUGAAGAAUGCAAGCAUUGAAGAGAUCCAGACAAUUCAGCGGUUGAAGGAAGAAAGAGAUAACAUGCUUCAGCAAAAUCAGCAAAUGCAACGUGAAUUGGAUGUGCUUCGGAGGCGUAGGAGCCGCAAGGGCGAUGCAGGUUUCUCCUUGACGUUUGCUGCGUUUGCUGGGCUAAUAGGUGUUCUGGUGGGUCUCCUGAUGAGCCUCAUCUUCUCUUCUCCACCGGCUGAUGCAUAAGAUGCAAGAAAAGGUUGCAGCCUAUGGAAGUAUUGUUCAGACCGACAUCGGGAAAAAUCUCGCUCGGGAAAAGAAGAUGAAAUUUCUGCCCUAGUCUCCAUUUUCAUUAUUUUGUUGUUUGCAUCGUAGUUAUAUGAAACGAUAACGGGUUGCAGAUCAUUCCAUCCGUGCUUGGUUCAUCCUCCAUUUGUAUUUGCCCCUCUGUUUUCUUAUUCUUUCUGUAUCUAGUAUAUCAGGACGGAAGCUGUAUUCAUUCAACGAUUGGUAGUGAGGAACUGAUAUAGGAGUGUCAAGAAAGAGCGUUGAUGUCUAUUGCAUUAGCCCCUUUGGAACAAAGGAAAAAUAGAAGAAUUCUAGAGGA